UAUUUAACCAUGUUAAUUAUAAUAAUGUAAAAGUAAAAUGCAGCUAUAUUCUUAAUACAUGCACAUGGCAACAUUAUUCCUUGUUUCUUGCUGGCUGUCAGGACGUCAGUUUGUUGAGUGAUUGAAAUAGACGUUACAUUGAAAGUUUGAAACUUUGAACUUGAACAAAUAAAACUGAUUUAGCUCGAGGAGUGUGCUUUGUAAUAAUGAAUAUAAAUAAGUGCAGUUGUAAAGAAAACCGUCCACCAACUGCUGGGCGGUCUGGUUGUGGUUGUAAUAUCAGUGGUCCCAAAAUGCCAAUGAACAGUUUCAAAGUGCCAGCUGCCCCUAUUGGUCGACCUCUCGGCAAAGUAAACGAAAACAAAGAGCAUCAGCUGGCGAGUCAAAGUGGCCCAGGUAAAAAUGAAGACAAGAAGAAAUCAUGGUCUCUCUCAGAUUUCGACCUGGGCCGACCUUUGGGUAAAGGCAAAUUUGGUAACGUGUACUUAGCACGUGAAAAAGAGUCUCACUAUGUCGUUGCCCUGAAAGUACUAUUCAAAAGUCAAAUAUUAGAUUCUGAAAUCGAACAUCAAGUGCGGCGAGAAGUUGAAAUACAAUGCAGACUCCGUCACCCGAAUAUACUGCGUAUGUAUGGAUAUUUUCACGACGAAAAACGUAUUUAUUUAAUUUUGGAAUACGCUAAACACGGAUCCAUGUACAAGUUGCUGAAAGAGCGUGAACGUUUUGAUGAGAAAACUGUAGCAAUUUACAUUAGGGAUUUGACUAAAGCUCUUGUAUAUUGUCAUGCUAAGAAAGUCAUUCAUCGCGACAUUAAACCUGAGAACCUACUUAUUGGUCACAACUGGGAGUUGAAGAUAGCUGACUUUGGUUGGUCAGUGCAUUCACCAUCAUCAAGAAGAAUGACCUUGUGUGGUACACUGGACUACUUGUCUCCAGAAAUGAUUGAGGGCAAGCCGCAUAACUAUGCUGUGGAUAUAUGGAGCCUUGGGGUGCUCUGCUAUGAACUCCUUGUUGGUUUACCUCCAUUUGAUGCUAAAGACUCUCAUCAAACAUACAGGAAGAUACGCUACGUGAUUAUCAAGUAUCCAGAUUUUAUAUCGGAGAGAGCUAAAGACUUGAUGGGUAAAUUAUUAGUUAUCAACCCAGAACAAAGACUGCCUUUGAUAAAUGUAUUGCAGCAUCCUUGGAUCACAGAAAAUGCUCCAGAAGGUGCACAACCACCUGCAUUCAACCCUGAACAAAAAUAAUUAUAGAUCUUAUAUUUAAUUCAAAAAUAAUGUACUAUUUAGAUAAAUUUCAACAUUUAUUUUAGCAUAUAACCAAGAUAAUUUCUAAUAAUACAUACAAUUUUAGACCAUGAAUAAU